AUGAAUGAUAUAAAAGAUUAUAAGGAUAAAUCAUUUCUUGAUAAGUUAUCAAAAGAAGAAUUAAUAAACUAUAUACUUUCAAAUAAUAAUGAAAAUAAAAAUAACCACCAAAAUAAAAAUAACGAAAAUAAAAAUAAUAAAAAUGAUAGAAUAAAAAAAAAAGAUAAAAAGCCAAAUGUAAAUUUUGAUAAAUGCCAUAGAAGAUAUGUUGCAUUCAAGGUUUCAUAUGUUGGAUGGCCAUACCAUGGUUUUGCAGCACAGGACUGCACUGAUGAAACAAUCGAGGGUCAUCUUAUUAAAGCAUUAAAAAGAACAAGUUUAAUUUCAGAUAUUAAAACCUCAAACUAUGCAAAAUCAGGUAGAACUGAUAAAGGUGUGUCAGCAUUUGGUCAAGUUAUUUCACUUUAUGUUAGAUCAAAUUUAACUGAGGGUGAAGGUAUCAUUGCACCAUUAGAUCAAUCAGGUGGUCCAAUUUCAAAUAGACCAAGUAAAAAUAAUAAUAAUAACAGCAACAGCAACAAUCAAAAACAACAAAAUAAAGCAAAAGAAGAAUUCCCAUAUGUCAAAAUGUUAAAUGGUGUUUUACCACCUGAAAUCAGAGUUUUGGGUUGGGCACCAAUUCCAUUCCAUUUUAAUUCAAGAUUUAGCACACUUUUUAGAACCUAUAAAUACUUUUUCACAUUAAAUAAUAUGGAUCUAAAUUUAAUGAAAGAAGCAGGUAACCAUUAUUUAGGUGAACACGAUUUUUCAAAUUUUUGCAAGAUGGAUAUUGAAAAUGUUAAAAGUUUUAAAAGGGUUAUAUUGGAAUUUUCAAUUGAGCCAGUAAAUAAUCAUAAUGAUCUAUAUGUAGCAACUAUCAAGGGGUAUGCAUUCCUUUGGCAUCAAAUUCGUUGUAUGAUGGCGAUGUUGUUUUUAAUUGGUCAAAAGAAAUUCCCUGUUUCAAUUAUACCAGAAUUAUUAGAUACCUCAAAUGGUAUUACCAAACCUCCCUACGAAAUGGCAUCUGAAAUACCUUUAGUUUUAUUUGAUUGCGGUUACGAGGAUUUAGAAUUCAUAAUUGAUAAUGAUGCUCAAGAAAGAACAUUAAGUGUUAUGAAUAAUCUAUAUAAUCAAUUUUUAAUUAAAUCCCAAGUUAUUAAUUUAAUGAAAUCAAACUUAACUUUUAUAAAUAAACCUAUUGAAGACAACACCAACUCAAAUAACAACAAUAAUAAAUUUAAUGGUGAAAAAAGGAAAUCUUUAACCGAAAGCGAACAAUCAGAAAAUAAAGGCGACAGUUUACCAACCGAAACUAGUGUAACCACCACAAAUGUAUCUAUUGUCGAAAGACCAAAAAGACAAAAAAAUUAA